CUGCAAGGCCCAUGGCGGCAUCCACAGCUCUGUCAGCAGUGGCGGCGGUGGCAACGCUGUCUGGCCUGGCACUGCGACUGUCCCGCUCUGCAGCAGCCCGUGGCUCUUACUGUGCCUUCUGCAAGGGGCUCACGCGCACGCUGCUCACCUUCUUUGAUCUGGCCUGGCGGCUGCGCAUGAACUUCCCCUAUUUCUACAUCGUGGCCUCGGUGAUGCUCAACGUCCGCCUGCAGAUGCGGAUCGAGUGA